CUCUGGCGCCUGCGCCUGCGCUCUGUGCUGGGGGAGCCCGGUGAUGUCCGGUGAAAUCCAAGAUGGUGGCGCUGGGUUGAAUUCGCUGCCGCAGGUGACGGAAGCGCCACCGCCACCCGCCUGACGUCCCUCGGGAGACGCUGCGCCUCUCCUUGCCGUCGCGGCCAUGUCUGGGCCUGGCAACAAACGCGCCGCCGGCGACGGGGGCUCGGGCCCCCCGGAGAAGUUGAGCCGCGAGGAGAAGACCACAACCACUCUCAUCGAGCCCAUUCGUCUGGGGGGCAUCUCUUCCACGGAGGAGAUGGACCUGAAGGUUUUGCAGUUCAAGAACAAGAAACUAGCAGAGCGGUUGGAGCAACGACAGGCUUGCGAAGAUGAACUCCGAGAACGAAUUGAGAAGCUGGAAAAGCGGCAGGCCACUGAUGAUGCCACACUGCUCAUUGUCAAUCGCUACUGGGCCCAGCUGGAUGAAACUGUGGAAGCCCUUCUCCGACACCAUGAGAACCAGGGGGAGCUGUCUUCAGGGACAGAGGUGCCUGGGACCCAGGAGGGGCCGACAUGUGACGAGACUCCUCUCACAGAUCCAGGGACAUCGGAACUAAGGGAGACACUGCCAGUGCAGCUGCGGCCCCCACUCAGUGAGCCAGCCUUGGCUUUUGUGGUGGCCUUGGGCGCCAGCAGCAGCGAGGAGGUGGAGCUGCAGCUGCAGGACCGCAUGGAGUUCUCCAAGGCAGCCGUGUCCCAUGUCGUGGAGGCCUCAGACCGCCUGCAGCGCCGGGUGGAGGAGCUGUGUCAGCGAGUGUACAGCCGAGGGGACACUGAGCCCCCCGGUGAGGCGGCUCAGGCACAUACCCGAGAGUUGGGCCGUGAGAACCGGCGACUACAGGACUUGGCCACCCAGCUACAGGAGAAGCACCACCGAAUCUCACUGGAGUACUCUGAGCUCCAGGAUAAAGUGACAUCCGCAGAGACCAAGGUGCUGGAGAUGGAGACGACAGUUGAGGACCUGCAGUGGGACAUUGAGAAGCUGCGCAAGCGUGAGCAGAAGCUCAAUAAGCACGUGGCAGAGGCCUUGGAGCAGCUCAACUCUGGCUACUACGUGUCCGGGAGCUCGUCGGGCUUCCAGGGGGGCCAAAUCACACUCAGCAUGCAGAAGUUUGAGAUGCUGAAUGCAGAGUUGGAGGAAAACCAGGAAUUGGCCAAUAGCCGCAUGGCAGAGUUGGAGAAGCUACAGGCUGAACUUCAGGGGGCUGUGCGGACCAAUGAACGCCUCAAGGUGGCCCUGCGGAGCCUUCCCGAGGAGGUAGUACGGGAGACAGGGGAGUACCGGAUGCUGCAGGCCCAGUUCUCCCUGCUGUACAACGAGUCGCUGCAAGUGAAGACUCAGCUGGAUGAGGCCCGCGGACUACUGCUGGCCACCAAGAACUCCCACCUGCGACACAUCGAGCACAUGGAGAGCGAUGAGCUGGGGCUGCAGAAGAAGCUGCGCACAGAGGUCAUCCAGCUGGAGGACACGCUGGCCCAGGUGCGCAAAGAGUACGAGAUGCUGCGCAUCGAGUUUGAGCAGAACCUGGCAGCCAACGAGCAGGCGGGGCCCAUCAACCGGGAGAUGCGCCAUCUGAUCAGCAGCCUCCAGAACCACAACCACCAGCUGAAAGGGGAUGCCCAGCGGUACAAGCGGAAGCUGCGGGAAGUGCAGGCUGAGAUCGGCAAGCUCCGGGCCCAAGCCAGUGGCACUACCCACUCCAUCCCCAGCCUGGGCCAUCCGGAGGACUCUGGCCUUAGUGCUCCAGUCCCAGGGAAAGAAGAGGGUGGGCCAGGUCCUGUCAGUGUCCCUGAUGGCAGAAAGGAGAUGGCGUCAGCGCCUGGUGCCACCGUGACUACCUCGUCCGUGAAGAAGGAGGAACCGGUGCCCUCUGAGGAAGAAGCCCAGGCCCUCACUCCUGGGGCCCAGGGCCCUUCCUCCCGAGGCCGAGAACCCGAGGCCAGACCCAAGAGGGAGCUUCGGGAACGGGAGGGGCCUGGCCUGGGAUCCCCAUCUGUAGCCUCAGCGCUCUCAAGAGCUGAUCGGGAGAAGGCCAAGGUCGAUGAGGUCAAGAGGAAGGAGUCAGAGCUCCUGAAAGGCCUCCGAGUCGAGCUCAAGAAGGCCCAGGAAAGUCAGAAGGAGAUGAAGCUGCUGCUGGACAUGUACAAGUCAGCACCCAAGGAGCAGCGGGACAAGGUGCAGCUCAUGGCGGCUGAGCGCAAGGCUAAGGCCGAGGUCGAUGAGCUGCGGAGUCGCAUCCGGGAGCUGGAGGAGCGGGACCGGCGGGAGAGCAAGAAGAUAGCUGAUGAGGACGCCCUGCGACGCAUCCGGCAGGCGGAGGAGCAGAUCGAACACCUGCAGCGCAAGCUGGGCGCCACCAAGCAGGAGGAGGAGGCUCUGCUGUCAGAGAUGGACGUGACGGGUCAGGCUUUUGAGGACAUGCAGGAGCAGAAUGGGCGGCUGCUGCAGCAGCUGCGGGAGAAGGACGAUGCCAACUUCAAGCUGAUGUCCGAGCGGAUCAAGGCCAACCAGAUUCACAAGCUGCUGCGCGAGGAGAAGGACGAGCUGGGCGAGCAGGUUCUUGGCCUCAAGUCGCAGGUGGAUGCCCAGCUGCUGACUGUGCAGAAACUGGAGGAGAAGGAGCGGGCCCUGCAGGGCAGCCUCGGGGGUGUGGAGAAGGAGCUGACCCUGCGCAGCCAGGCGCUGGAGCUCAAUAAGAGGAAGGCUGUGGAAGCGGCCCAGCUGGCCGAAGACCUGAAGGUCCAGCUGGAUCACGUGCAGACGCGGUUACGCGAAAUCCAGCCCUGCCUGGCAGAGAGCCGGGCUGCGCGAGAGAAGGAGAGCUUCAAUCUCAAGCGGGCUCAGGAGGACAUCUCACGGCUGCGGCGCAAGCUGGAGAAGCAGAGGAAGGUGGAGGUUUACGCAGAUGCGGAUGAAAUCCUCCAGGAGGAGAUCAAGGAGUAUAAGGCGCGGCUGACCUGCCCCUGCUGUAACACUCGCAAGAAGGACGCCGUCCUCACCAAGUGCUUCCACGUGUUCUGCUUCGAGUGCGUGCGUGGCCGCUACGAGGCCCGCCAGAGGAAGUGCCCCAAGUGCAACUCGGCUUUCGGCGCCCACGACUUCCACCGCGUCUACAUCAGCUGAGCCUGUAACUCGGGGACUCUGAUACCCAGGGAUCCUGGGGGCUGUGCCCCCAGCCCUGCCCCACCCCACUUUCAGUGGCCCCCACCCUGUGCUCUGGACUCUGUGGCCCAGCCCCUCCCCACCUAGUUUUUUUUGGGGGGGCCAGUGCUCGUUAAUGGGAGUGAGAUAGCCCAGCUCGGUCCCACCUUUCCCCACAGUCAGGGCUUUGGCCUAGGGGGCACUUGCAUUGCAGGAAAGGUCUGGGAGACAUUGGAGAGGCCCAGAGCAUCCAAUGGAGCUUCCUGGAAGGCUGGCCCCAUCCCUUCUCCAACUGUCUCCACAUGCCUAUCCCAGCCCGAAGGAAAUUCACUGGGCUGUGACCUCAUGAAAGAGGAGGCUUACUGCCUCCUUCCAUACCCACAAGUGAGGACCAGGGUGGGCCAGGUCCCCAGACUGUGGCUCUGAGCUCAGGGAGACUUGCACCCCCUGGUCUGGGCAGGGCUUCCGUCCAGUCCCAUAGAAUUCUGUGGGCUCUUUUGGUCUGGAUCUUGUGCUAAGGACUGAAAGGGAUACCCCCUGGAGGGUGCAGGGGCAAUGUCCUCGGGGAAGCUCUGAUUGCUGUGUCAGCUUGGCCUCAUUUUAGGAGUGCUGAAUUAUCAGUUUCUAGUCAAAUCAGGCCCUUCCCAAUCCCUACUCUCCCACCUGCUUCCCAGGGUUCCAGUGGGUCCCAGCGGACCCCGCUUUCAUCCUGGUGGCCUUAACUGCAGGCAGAACUUCUCAAGAGGGGAGGGGACAGACUAGCCGCUGGGCCAACUUCCGAUCAUUCCAGUAGAAGAGCUUCAUCUAAGCCUGUGAUUGACCUUGUGUACACGAUGCUUCUUCCUGUGCUGCCUGCCCAACCUCAGACCCUGGGCUGUGAAGGCAGCCCGCCGGCCCGGAAGGUGGAACUGCUGACAAGUGCAGGGCCCAUUCGGACCCUGCGCUCGAGAUGUGUAGGCUGUAUGCUAUGAAUAAACGUCCAACCCUCAGUCUGUG